CAUUGGGUCGGUAACUAACCCAACCCGGGUGCACUGCGAAACGGGAGAUGCUGAGCAGAGACGCGCCCCUGUCUUGGCGGAAGUCUCUGGAUAAUUUAUCCUGAUACACUUCUCUGUAUAAUGCACACUUGGAUGUGAAGGAUGCCAGUGGGUUCUCCUGUGGUUUGCAGAAUCCGGUUACACUGCAACAUUGGACUGCACGCAGAUUAGACACAUCAAAACACCGGUGGUGUGUCGCCCCCCCACCCCACCCCCUGUGAGUGGAUGAGUCGGUCACUGCAUCGCUGCAGACCUGGAAACCGUCGCUAAGGAAUAAGCAUCCCAGGUAAGCAAGUACCAUGCUGACUAGCAUCACAGAGGGCAUCCUGUGCUGCCUGACAGGAAAAAGUGGAAAUGCGGUACUGCCUGUGGAGCCAUCGGAUGCUGCCCCGUCUGAUGGGUUCGAGUUUGUAGAAGUGAAGCCAGGCCGUGUAUUGCGUGUGCGCCAUGUCCUGCCAGAGCGUUCUGCCAAUCCCGAGCUGCAGCAGGAGCAGGGUACCAGUGUGCACUGCAAGCGCAAGAUCACUGUCUACCGCAAUGGCCAACUGGUGAUUGAGAACCUGGGUGACGUGCUGCGCUCCGAGAUUCUACAUUGCCCCAAUGGAGAAGUGGAGCAGUGCAGCACUGUGGAGGUGGAGCUUGCUGAUUACUUUACUGCGCCCUCCUCCCCAGAACCCAAACCAGCUCCUCCUUCUCUUCCGGCCUCGGACCAACAGAAACCAGCUCCACCACCCAGGCGGCGCAGGAGGAAGCCCAAGCGCACAGUUCUCAUUGACUCAGAGAGAUGUAUCAGCAGCUGUAAGGGGACCCACUCGGAUGUGGCACUCUUCUUCAUCCACGGAGUUGGUGGCUCACUGGACAUCUGGGGUCGUCAGUUGGACUUCUUCUCCAAACUGGGCUACGAGGUCAUUGCACCAGAUCUGGCAGGGCAUGGAGCCAGCACGGCCCCUCAGAUAGCAGCUGCUUACACGUUCUACGCCCUGGCCGAGGACCUGCGCGCCAUUUUCAAGAGAUAUGCCCGCAAGCGCAACAUCCUCAUUGGCCACUCAUACGGGGUGUCUUUCUGCACGUUCCUGGCACACGAGUACCCAGAGCAGGUACAUAAGGUGGUUAUGAUAAACGGUGGAGGCCCCACAGCGCUGGAGCCAAGUCUCUGCUCCAUCUUCCAGCUGCCCUCUUGUGUCCUGCACUGCUUGUCGCCUUGCCUUGCGUGGAGCUUCCUCAAGGCUGGAUUUGCCAGACAGGGAGCUAAAGAGAAGCAGCUGCUAAAGGAGGGCAAUGCCUUUAACGUGUCUCCAUUCGUGCUGCGGGCCAUGAUGAGUGGUCAGUACUGGCCCGAGGGAGACGAGGUGUACCAUGCCGAGCUCACCGUCCCCAUCUUGCUUGUGCACGGCCUCUAUGACAAGUUUGUGCCUAUGGAUGAGGACCAGCGAAUGGCUGAGAUUCUCCUUUUUGCCUUUUUGAAAGUGAUUGAGGAGGGUAGUCACAUGGUCAUGAUGGAAUGUCCAGACACGGUCAACACACUUCUGCAUGAGUUCUUUCUCUGGGAGCCAGACAUCACCAGAAAGGAUUGUGUGGAUGAUAUACCGGUCACUCCGACUGUUACUACAGACACCAUGACUGACGAAAACACUGGCACACAAAUAUCCAACAAGCCUGUCAACAAAUAACCAAUGAAGAGUGGUGUUUUUGUUGGGAAAAUCAAUCAGAAGGCUCUUGAUGGCAGGCUGUAUGAGGUGGAGUGAUCACCCAGGCUGAAAGCUAAUUUUUUGGAGCUGAAGACUGAGCUGAGGGUUCGAGCAGGUUGCAGCAGGACAGCAAGAACGGUUCAAGAGGUGAGACUCUGCUGACAGGCCAGAGGUUAAAAGGGAAAAAAAAUGAAUGCAUAAACCUAAUUUCAGACCAGAAAUCAUGGUUUAUUACAUUUCAUUGGUGUCAUAUCUCUCUGCUACCUUUGGACAAAUAUCUUUUCUUCUUGUGGUGUAUCAACAAAUGGACUAAAGCUCUGUCCAGUGGAUGAAAUCGGGCCGAUUUUAGUGCCCGAGCUUCAACUGAGAAAUUACAAACUGAUUCUUGGCUGGAUUACAGAGGUGUCCCCAUACUUAUGCAGUGCUUGUAAUGUCUACUGUGUGAUCUAUUGUAAUCUAGGCCACAUGAGUGCAUCAAAGCGCGGAGAGAAAGGGAGCCCAGAGUCAAAUCGUCAAGUGUCAUGUUUUUACAUGCUGUUGCUGAACAUUGUUAUUUGUUCAGAGUAGCACCAAUAAUUAUGAUGAGGGAAAAAAUAAUAGAGUAGGGAUAUUGUCUUCCCAUGUAACACACGCCCACAGCCCUAGGAGGAUUAAGAAGAAAAAAGAAAAAAGCAGAGGAGGCUGGAAGGGAGAACAAUGACAAACUUCUAACAAGCAUAUUUAACUUGAAGGCAUUACCUCAGUACUCCUUGAAUAAUUGAUGCUGUUAUUUAGAACAUAACUAAAAUACUAACAUAUCACGGUUACAGUUAAAUAACCUGCUAUAAUGGGCAUUUUCUGCCAUGAAUUUAUCUGUUUUCUUUAAACAAACAAAAACAGCAGAUUUGUGGCUAAGUGCAGGGCCGAAGGGUGAACACAAACACAAUGAGCAGAAAAUUCUGUCAGCAGGAGCACUUUCAUGUCUCCUAGCAACGAGAAACUGGAGGAAACGAUAUGUUGGUGGUGCAUUCACAGCUUUGUCACAGAGAGGAAGCGAGACAGAGAGGAAGAGAGAGAGAUGGAGGUGGAGAUGGAGAGGGAGGGGGGAUGUUGGUGCUGAUGGACCACUGAUAUGGUUUUGGUGCUGUAAUAACACCCAGGGAAUAAGCUAAGAACUGUUAAUGUAAUCUUAACACUGGUAUACUAACAUGAAAACAAUGCCCAACACUGAAACACUACUGGAGAAUGAAAUAAUAUCAGUGUCACGUUACAGCAGUCAUGUACAUUGACCUCCACUAAUAUUGGCACCCUUGGUAAAAAUGUGUAAAGAAGGCUGUGAAAAAUUGUCUUUAUUGUUUUACCUUUGGAUCUUUUGUUAAAAAAAAAAUCACAAAAAUACUCUGCUCUCAUGGAUAUCAAACAAUUGCAAACAAAACACAAUUUAUCAAAAAAAAUAAAUUGUUCAAUAUAGUGUGCAACAAUUAUUGGCACCCCUAUGAAUUCAUAUGAGAAAAAUAUAUUUAAGUAUAUUCCCAUUGAUAUUUUACAUUUUUUAGUAAACCUGGGUGACUAGGAACAGGAAAUUGUUCAGCCAUGAUUUCCUGUUUCAUAGGGGUAUAAAUAUGAGGUAACGCACAGGCCAGAUUCCCUUAGUCAUUCAUAACAAUGGGUAAGACCAAGGAAUAUAGAUGUAAUGUGUGGGAAAAAGUUGUUGAGCUUCACAAAAUGGGAAGUGACUAUAAGAAAAUAGCAUAAGCAUUGAAAAUGCCCAUUUCCAUCAUCAGGGCAAUAAUUAAUAAGUUCCAGUCAACUGGAAAUGUUAUGAAUCAACCUGGAACUGGACGUGUGUCUGUAUCAUCUCAACGCAUUGUCAAGAGGAUGGUUCGAGUGGCCAAAAAAUCUCCCAAGGAUCACAGCUGGAGAAUUGCAGAAGUUAGUUGAUUCUUGGGGUCAGAAAGUCUCCAAAACUACAAUCUGAAGUCACCUACAUCACCACAAGUAGUUUUCAAAGGUUUCAAGAAAAAAGCCUCUACACUCAUCCAAAAACAAACUCAAACAUCUUCAGUUUGCCAGACACUAGUGGAACUUCAAAUGGGAUCUGGUUCUAUGGGCAGAUGAAACCAAAAUAAAGCUUUUUGGCAGUAAACACCAGAAGUGGUUUUGGCACAAAGGGAGGUAGCCAUAUGAAAAAGUACCUCAUGCCCACGGUUAAAUAUGGUAGUGGCUCUUUAAUGUUUUGGGGCUGUUUUUCUGCCAGAAGACCUUGAUAGUUUGUUAGGAUACAUGGCAUCAUGGACUCUAUCAAAUAUCAACAGAUUUUAAAUGAAAACCUGACUGCCUCUGCCAGAAAGCUUUAAAUGGGUCGUGGUUGGAUCUUCUAGCAGGACAAUGAUCCAAAACAUUCAUCAUAAUCAACACAAAAAUGGUUUACUGACCACAAAAUCAAGGUCCUGCCAUGGCCAUCCCAGUCUCCUGACUUGAAACUCAUAUAGAAAAACUGUGGGGUGAACUGAAGAGGAGAGUCCACCAGCAUGGUCCUCGAAAUUUGAAGGAUCUGGAGAGAUUCUGUCUGGAGGAACGCUCUCAGAUCCCUUGACAUGUAUUCUAGAACCUCAUCAGGUAUUAUAGGAGAAGACUCAGAGCUGUUAUCCUGGCAAAGGGAGGUAGCACAAAGUAUUGACUAAAAGGGUGCUAAUAAUUGUUGCACACUUAUAUUUAACAAAGAUUGUGUGUGUUUUUAUUUUUAUAUAAACCUGUGUUGUGUUUGCAGUUGUUUGAUAUCCAUGAGAGCAGAGUGUUUUUGAACAAAAGGUCAAAAGGAUAAACAAUAAAGACAAUUUUCCACAGUCUUCUUUGCUCAUAUUUUCCAAGGGUGCCAAUAUUAGUGGAGGGCACUGUAAAUGUAAAUUGACACACAUUGAGUGAUUAUGCAAUGAGACAGGGCAUGACUUUCGGAACUAAACAAAAGCACAGAAAUGGUGACUCAUGAGCAAGGCACAGAUUGAGGAUUAUAUGAAGGUGCACGUUGCCAUAACAACAGACUGAAGAAUGUCCGCACGGUAAAUAAGAUGAAGGCUUGGUCAGUGUGAGAUGGCUGAUGCAGGAACUGCAUUGUAGAAAUGUGCGUUGUCUUCAUUCCAUGUGCAUUGACUUCAUUCCUUUCGUUUUGUUUUGUUUUUUUAAGUCAAAAUGAAAAAGUUUUUCUUGGUACACACUGACAUAGGAAUUAAUUCACUAAUACUCUGGAAGCUUAUUCUGUUUUCAUAACAGAUAAGAUGGAAGUUGGAUCAGGGUAUGUUGUGAAACAUUUUGGGUGAUUCAAAUAUUCUUAAAUUUCAGCAUCUGGAAAGUCCUGCUGACUUUUUCCAUGUCAUCCUCCUUUAAUGUCAUGCUCUUGCAUCACUAUUUUACAAAAGCAUGUAGUAAUCCAUAUUAGCAGUACAUCAGGUGCAAAAUUAAUCCAGUACUUACUGACAAACAUCCAGGUCAUUCAAGAUCACUCAUUAAUUUUAGCCUCAUGAUGAAUCUGAAAUGGUAAAAAAAGAAAAAGAAAGACAGCUUUUUGCAGUGUUUAUUAUUUUAAAGCCAAAAACAUGGCAUGUGAAUGAAUGAACGCAACGUACAUGGCCUCAUCCCGGGCUUUUCACUUUCUGAUUCGGUUACUGCAAUGAAUACAAUGCAGCAAAAUACAGAGAAAGCAAUGGAAACCACACAAACAGUCUGGUUGUAAGUCCGUUUACACACAGAUAAGAUAUUUAAAAAUUAGAAUUAAGAAAGCCAAAGUUAUAGGAUGAAAACAGAAUUGGAGACAGAUAUAUAAACAUGUUUCUUUAAAACUGAUGAAGAACUUAUUUUAAUAUUUACCUUGGUGGAUUAAAGUAUAUCUAUUGUAUCUGCAUUUUUACAGUGAAGGGGAGUCAUGAUCGCUUCGUUUCAAAUACAGUAUUAAAACAGCAUUAACAUCAGUGUUUGCAGCUCUGAUUCAAGAAUGCCAGUCACUACACUAUUAAAAGUACUUGUGAAAAUUAUUUUUUAAACGUUAUUGUACAAGAAUCACUGUAAGAGAAUCAUUAUGCAUGCAAAGUGGAAGAACAAUGCUUAGAGCAGAUCUAUAUAUCUACCCAAGAUGACGAAUUUUAUUUAUUCUUCUUUGUCAAAACCUUGUGAUGUGAAAACAUUGCUAAAGCACAAGUAACGUUUAUAAGCAUGGCACUUCUGACCAUUACAUUCCAGAGUGAGCCAGGUGAUACAAAAUAUAUUAAUUGUUUAUGCAGGAUGCAAGCAAUUUCAGUUUCUAACCCUAAAAAUGAUUAAUUCUUCAGUAUAUAUGGAUGUGAUCCAAUGUACAUACACCCUUAAAUUCUACAUGCAAGGACUUAGGUAAUCACAAAUGAUUGUUCAUGAUGGGGAACACUACUGUGUGAUAAUAACUGCCAGGACAAAUAUGCAUCAUUUAACUUGAUCAUCGACAUCAUGUUUGAGGGGGUGGCGGAGGUGGAAUCCAGAAAAUAUAAUAACUCAACUCUUAAUUUGUACUACUGAUGAAUGAUUAUGCCAAGUAUGAACAUUUGGUGUAAGUGUGAACCUCUGGAAAAAAAAGUGAAAAUAAAUAAAUAAAUGCAUUUUUAAACUGGAUACAGACAAUAAUAAAAAAAAGUGCUAAUUAUUUAGCGACUGCGAAAGAAGCAGCUUCAGGUGCAGUGUGAGGACGUGUCUCUACAAGUAAAUGUAUGUUCACCUACUGAACAAGAAGGACUGCAUACUGUAAGAGGGUGUUGAAAGAUUUUGAAGUUUCUCUUCAACAUCAAGCAAAGUCAAGGUGACUCAACAGCUUGGCUUACAGCUAGAAAGAGAGGACUUCAGUUUUGACAUUUAAGAUGAAAGACUCGUCCUCCUGCUCUUCCUCGGGGUGUGUGUGUGUCUAUGUGUGUGUGUGUGUGUGUGUGUUUGUGUGUGUGUGUGUGUGCGCGUGCGUGCGUGCCAUAUCAGUGCUCUAGUGUACUACCAUUUGUGGCUCAAUCUAUGCCAGAGAUCUAUGUUAUACUAUCUAUGAAAUACACACUGCCUGAAAUGUGUGGAUAUAUAAAACAACCACAAAAUAAAUUAAAAACUGAACAUACAAAAGCAGCUAUGUGGGUGUUGAAUGGCUUGGAGACAAAUGAAGUGUUUUUAGAUAAAACAAUGGAGCCAUCAUUACAAAUGGUGAGUAUUUUAUGCCCUUCUUCUUUUAUUUCCUAUUAGCUAUGAUAUUAAAGGGAAAUUUCACACAUUAAAUAACUUUAUACUGAAAUAGUUAUGAUGUGUUUAGGGAUUCUGGUGC